AUGUCACAGAAGAGACAGAAAAUUGAUGAAUCCUCUAAUAAUAGGAAGUCAGCUCAAGUGACACGAACAUUGAUGGCAUGUGAAUUGUGUCGAAGACAGAAAACAAGAUGUUUCCGAGAUCCUGAUAGUACAUCUUGUUUAAGAUGUAUAUUUCUAAAGAAACCAUGUUCAUUCGAACGAGAUCUGGACUUGCCUGGGUCGUUGGCACCAGUACCGCACCUAUCUGGAACGAUAACAACAUCUUCAAAUACUGCUGAUAGUAUUAAAUUGGACCAAAUCCAACGUUCUAUAUCCGAAGUGUUGACCAUUCUUAAACAAGGAGAAAUGAAUGACUCAUAUGCUAAAAGCAAUUCAACUAAAGACAAUGUUUCUAUUAACGUUCCAACCUUAACUGAAUCCAGACACUAUCAAGAUGACCCUCUGUCAUUCCAAACCCCAACAAAUUCAUUUGAAACGUCGGUUUUUUCAAUUGUUGCUAAUCAAAUACCACAAAAAAAUAUCCCAAAGCCAGUUUUAGAAUUAAUUGGCAUUAGUACACCUGGAUCUCCAAGAAAUUUCAAGCAGACUCCCAAUGACGUAAUAUCGGCAGGUAUACUUUCCGAGACCGAUGCUAUAGAUCUUAUGAAUGAUUUUCGUAGGAAUUAUGGUAGAUGGAUCCUGUUUCCUUUGAACAUGUCGAGUAGUGUUCUUAUUGAAAGAAUACGAUACAAGUCAUCCCUCUUACUCACUACAUGUUACUGUUUAGCCUUACGGUACUCCUUGAGUGGAAUCGUGGAUUCUGAACUAUUGUUGGCCAAAAAAACCACCCAUAAGCUUUUAAUGAAACAUUUAGUAAAAGAUAUGAGUAGUUCAUUUUUAAAGUAUUCAUGUUUUAAUGGAGGUGCUGCAGAUGGACACAUUGAAUUUCUACAAGCUUUAGCACUUCUUUCUAUUUAUUCAUUAUCACUUUCAUCCAUGGCUCACCAUGCAUUUGAAGGUGAUGUCGACUUAUUUACUGAUCAAGAUAUAAACCUUGAUCCUUGGUUGCUUUCAGGAUUUGGCUUAAAUUUAUUUGUUACAAAGAGUACAUUUGGAUCACUUCUUAAACAUGAUAAUACACUUCAAUCUCCCUUUACAAUUUUUUAUGACGAACUUGACUCUGAAGAAUUUCAAACAUUGGCAGUAUUACGAACAUAUAACCAUUUAACCUUGGUUCAUUUAAUCAAUUGUAUCUUCUCAGGUAGAAUGUGUGUUAUUGAUGAAUUCAGAUUAAACUUUUGUACUGCAACGUUAAGUUUACCAAGUUCCACCAAUUUUGAUGGUCGGAUGGUUAGUGAAAUUGGAAUUCUCUUAAUUGGUUACAAAUAUAUACAAAAGAGUUUGAAUUCAAAUAUAGGAACCGUCAAAGAAAGCAAAGAAUUAUUCGAUGUGGCAUGCAAGGAAGUAGACACAUGGUAUGAGCAGUGGAAUUACCUUUUCAGUCAACCAGCCCCUCAAUUUGUUGAGUUGUGUUAUCAUUUUUGUUAUUUAAUGAUCCAUUUUGUUUAUAUCUACCAAAGAACGACUUUAUCAACCAAGAGAGAUAUAAAUGCACCUUCAGAUCUAUUCAGAGAGGAUAAUGUUGCAUUUAUUAUCCAACAUUCAGAUAAGAUAUCAUUUACUAAUAUGCAUAUUCACGCACUAAGCAUUGUAAGAUUCAUAAAUGUCAUUGAAAGUGAUUCAUAUUUUGCAUAUCUUCUGGAUCAAAUUCAUUUUUGUUUCUUUUUUGCAGGGAUUGUUCUCGUUAGAAUUGUUCAAGAAAGUACAGAGGAUGAAAGGAAAAGAAAAUUAAUUCAACAAGAGUCUCAUGAAACUGAACAAGAUAUGAGAGUGUUGAUACAGAAAUUCGAAAUGAUGUGUAGCUUCACUAAUAGUCCUGAUGAUAUAACCUCAAGGUAUUGUAAAGGAUUAGAGGAAUGUUUCCAAUCAGUUUUCCAAACCAAGUAG